AUGGAUCGGAGUUGGGUGCAUGCUAGUCGAAUCACUGAUGUGUAUGAGAAUGGUGUUGAAGAGUUUCUUCAAUCUGCUCAGCGAAAUGCAACACUCGUGAAUGGAAAAUAUUACUGCCCUUGUAAUUGUUUGAAUGUGAGACGCCAAUCAAUUGAGUUGAUACGAGAACAUCUCCUUUGUGACGGUUUCUUAAAGAGUUAUAGAACGUGGACCUGGCAUGGUGAAGUUGUAAACCUCUCAAGCAUACCUCAAUCUCAAGAGUCGAAUGUAUAUCAUGAAGAUCGCAUGGAGGAUAUGAUUGAUGAUAUUGGAGAAGACAAUUUUAAAAGCGCACAAGUGUAUGAUUCAUUGAAAGAUGAUUCAGAAAAAUCUUUAUAUCCCGGUUGUACAAGAUUCAUGCGUUUGUCAGCAAUAUUAAAAUUAUUUAACAUCAAGGCAAGAAAUGGGUGGACCGAUAGAAGUUUCACUGAAUUGCUUGAAUUAUUGCAUGAAAUGCUCCCAGAGGGGAAUAUGUUGCUAACCCGGCAGGAGAUACUAUGUCCGAUGGGUAUGGAGUACCAGAAAAUACAUGCUUGUCCAAAUGAUUGUAUAUUAUAUAGAAAGCAGUUUGAAACAUUGACUAAGUGUCCAAGAUGCGGGGUAUCACGAUUCAAAGUGAAGGAUGAUGACGUGGAUGAAGAUAACAUGAAGAAGGGUCCUCCUGCAAAAGUGUUAUGGUAUCUUCCAAUCAUACCACGAUUUAAACGUUUAUUUGCCAAUGUUAAUGAUGCAAAAAACCUUAUUUGGCAUGCAAAUGGAAGAAAGAGUGAUGGAUUGAGUUAA